GAGGAAACCCACGGCAAGUUCUACAGCUGCAGCGUUUGCUCAGCUCACUCCCAGAUGUACAGCUGAAAUGACAGAUUUACAUGCCAGCAAAUUCAAUGCAUGUAUGUUCAACUCUUCGUUUGUCAUAUGGAAAUUUCUUUUCAAGUGCUCUAAAGAUCAGAGGGCGGGGGUUCUUGAUGUCAUGGGCACCAGCCAAGCAGUGCUAUGAAGCACUCGCUUCUGUUGGACAUCUGCAAAACCUCUGGGUUUUCCCCUCCAGAGUUCUACCCUGAAAUGGAAAGGUUCUAAAGAAAAGCCUCUUCAGUGAUGUCAACUGAAUAUGUGCAAGCAUCACAUGAUACCUCAGAAGACAGAUUGGAUGGGCGAGAUACUCACUGUAACCACUUAGAUAACCUUUCCGAACAGUUGCUCAAAAGCUGUGAACUCAAAAAGAUACCGAGGAAGGGCAAAGCUCUUCAGGUCUCUCAGAAAAGUGAGCUUGAACAGAAAAAACCGAAGAGGAAAGAUACGCCAGCAAUUCACACGCCUCCACCAAUAGUGGGCAUUCUUUCAGACCACUUAAUUAGGAGGUGUGACUUCUCUGAGAAACCUCCGAAGGGUAAUGGCAGCCCAGCCCUUCAGAAAAUGGAAGAGGAACAGAGAAAACCCAGAAGGAAAAACACGCCAGCGAUCAAUACACCCCCUCUACUUGCAGGUGUUUCAGGUAUUAAACUACUUAAAGAAGAUCAGCAAACUGUGAUUGUUGAAGAUGAAGAAAAGGAGGGAGAAACUUCAGCUUUUUAGAUUCUUGCCAUAUUCUCGUGUGUGUGUGUUUUGUAAAUAAUUUUGUGCAAUUGAGUAGUAUUAGUAUUUUUCCAGGUUGUGUUUUUUUAAAUCAGAAAUAUAACCAUGCUGCCUUCAGACAUGCUUGCUCAGACAUGUGUAAUUAAAUAUAGAUUAUGUGGACCAUUUUCUUCCUAGAUUAUGAAGUACUAAAAAUACAAAGUUUUUAUACAGUGCUUUAAGAGGCUGGUGCAACUAAUCGAAGAAAAGACAACAUUUACAGGCCAGGGCAGUGACACUCGUCUCAUGAGCUUUUCCUCUCGGCACUGCUAGAUCAACCCACGAAAAAGAUCAGUAUCAUUUUUUUUUCUGCUGAGUCCUUUGUAUAAACACAGUCCUUUCACAUGGCUUUUGUUGUUGCUGAGAGAGUUGUUCUAUGAUGGGGUAAACACAGGCUUUUUUAUUUCACAUCUUAGCAAAUUUAAUUAAUUGCCAACAAACAGUAACCGUCAAGUAUUUUUCACUAACCCUCUCCCUCCCCUCCUACCUCUUCAUCUCCCAUCUUCCCACCCCCCCAAAAAAAAAUAUUAGUGGUUCCAGGGGGCUUCGUGCUUCCGUCCAAAUCCAACAACUGCAAGAAUAGCCACUACCCAGUGGUCUCCCAAAACAACUGGUGACGCAGAUGUCCGUCAGAACAUGUUUGAAUUCUUGAUGGUGAAGCCUAGUGCCGUGUCUGACUCUUGCAGAAGCCUGGGGAAAUUGAGGCAUAACAGCCAUCACGCCUGCCCACAAAUACAGAAUUUGUUUUAAUCAUUUGUUAAAUUUAUAUCCCACCCUGCUUCCCAAAGUGCACCUUCCUGCACUCCUCACUUCAUUGUCUGCCCCAUCCCUGAGACAUCUUCUCCAUCAGCCAUCGCCCACUCAAUUUCCAGACAUUAGUUCAACACCAUCCACUAUUCAUCCUUUUUGCCUGGAGCAUGCAGCCCCUCCCAUCAUGAGAUCAUUCAUUCCAAGUUGCCCUUUCUCCUCACCAUUUGCAGAUGUUUGCCAACGUUCUGUUGCAACCAUCUGCCAACGAAGGGAAACCAAUGCUUUGGGUUGGGUAGGAUCACAUGGCAACUAUCAAGUUUACAUUUCUGGCAGGUAAAAUUUGCAGGUUUGGCCGCUACUUCUGAGUGCUUCAAUCCUGCCACAUUUCAGACAAAUAGGUUCAGGGUUUGUGUUGCCUGUUGCUGUUGUUUUAACUAUGUUUUUGAGAGAAACUCACAGGAUGAUCUUUGCUAAGACUUCUGCAAAAUUUUACCUAGGCAUGUGCCUGGGUUCAGGAGUUAUCCAAGAUCCAUCAAAAACCUUGUU